GGAAGUUGUUCGAGUAAAGAACUCUUUAGUGAUUAGAGGUGAAUUAUUCCGGCACACUUACUGUCAUUUCCAUUUUAUCUGAACUACGGUCUCUCCUUCCAUUCAAAUAUUGAUAUAUCUUUUUCUUGCGUUGUUAGUGAUAAGUAAUUUACUUAAGAAAUUGGUCAUUAACCAGAAGAUAAUAGAGAUAUAUCUCUCAUUAUUUCAUCUUAUUACUAUAGUGUUAAGUUAUCUAAUGACGUUGAGAUGAAAAUAUUUCACAAGGAUCAAGAUAUCAAACUUUAGAGCUUGAAAAUAAUUUCAACAAAUUAUUUUUGCAUCUCCUGGUUGAUGUGAUGUGAACUGAAUUAAACUGAUAUUCCCUUGAAAUUUUUACCAUUGCUAGAAGGUUUUUCUGUACAAAUUCAUCUUAGAUUUACAAUGAAGCUUUAACAGUUAUAUGUAUGUAUGUAACUAUUAAUCGAUGUUUAAUCAUCUUUUAGCUGCUACUUAUUUAGAAGGGUCUUUCCUUAGAAAUACAUUUGAAUUGCAUCCCUACCAGCCAAGAUAUCAUAGUUUUAUAAAAACCAGCAGACAGGAAAAUAUAUAUUAAGGGAGAAAGCUAUGGAUUGGCAAGUAGGAUCAAAACAUAAUGAUGUGUCUACUGAUACACAGGAAGAUAUAGGAGAGGAUUUACACUCUUGUGAUGUAUGUGAGAAGUUAUUCACAAAAAAAGAUCUACGUCAGCAUAAAUUGACUCAUUCACCCCCCAUAUUAUACCAGUGUGAAGUGUGUAAUGAAAAAUUCUCUAGUGUCAGUGUGUUAGCUGAACACAAAGAAAUCCAUGCAGGAGGAAAAAAUUUUCAAUGUUAUAUUUGCGAUGGCAUAUUUUCCACAAUAACAGAUUUAUCUUCUCACAAAUGUACCAACACAAGAGAAAGGCCAUACAACUGUGAUAUUUGUGGCAAAACAUUUUCUAGAAGUGGUCAUUUGCAAGCUCACAAACGAAUCCACAUCCAUGGAAGACCAUACAAAUGUGAUAUAUGUGGUGCAAAAUUUUCUAGAGGUGGUAAUUUGACUGCACACAAAAAUCUUCAUAGAGGAUCAAUAACAUAUGACUGUGAAGAAUGUGGAAGACAAUUCAAUCAAAUCUGUCAUUUGUCUCGACACAAACGUGUUCACUCUGGGGAAAAGCCAUUCCAGUGUGAUAUCUGUAAAGAAAGAUUUUCCAGAAGUGAUGGUUUAACUCAACACAAACGCACCCACAGAAAAAAGAAAAAAUAGCCUUGUGAUAUCUAUGGCAGAAUAUUUUUAUGUAACAGUGUAUUUUUAAUAAACUAAUUUCCUCAUUUUA